AUGUAUACAAAAUACAUAGCGAUAAUACUAUUUGUAUUACUAAAACAUCAACAUUUUACAGAAACAGUAUGGACUGACCAUCCAAUUGAAACGUUAAAACUGUUGCAAAUAGUUCACCGACACGGCGACCGAAAUGCCGAAAAUUGGUUUCCAAAUGACCCGUUCCUUAACCUAACAGAGUUCUGGUACGAAGGAGACGGUGCGCUGACCACUAAUGGCAAAUAUCGUAUGUAUAAAACGGGACUAUUUUUGCGCCAACAAUACGCUGACUACCUGGGCUCGCAGUACAGUCCCCGUGAAGUAUAUGUCCGCAGUUCGGCUGUAAAUCGUUGUCUGGAAUCUGUAGCACUUGUAUUGGCCGGUGCUUAUCCACCAACAACUAGCAACUGGACAUGGAAUUUAUCUGACGGUGCUCAGUUAGGCAAAGAUUGGCAACCGUUUCCCAUAUAUACCUAUCCGACUGAAAUCAAAGAUGAUGAUCAACUGUUGCGAAUGGAGGCCAACUGUCCCAAAGCUGAUGAAAUUACUAAUAGCUACUUGAAUGGAGAAAUCGCUAGAAGCAUAACAAAUAAGGAAACGGCGUUUUUGGAAAAACUAGGAGAAACUGUUGGCCGACCACUUAGUAAUCUCCAAGUGAUCAAUGAUUUAUGGGAUACACUGGCCAUUGAAUAUAAUAAAAAAUAUUACUGGUCUAACCAUAGUAUGUGGCCGCCCAGUGAUGAUAAAGAAAAUGUUGAUAGACUGGCAGUUAUGGUCACACAAUUUUGGAACACCCGAUACAGUGAUCCGGUAGUAAAAAAGACAAGAGCCGGUCCACUGGUCAAUGAAUUGGUCACCAACAUUAAGGAGCGUAUCAAUGGUACAACCAGUAAACCGUAUGACUAUAAACUAUAUUUAUAUUCAACACACGACUCAAAGUUAGGAUCGUUGAUGACAGCACUGGACAUAUGGAAUGGCCUAUUAAUGCCAUACGGGUCGACACUUAUAAUUGAAUUACACCAACAGUCCGAUGAUCAGUCAUAUUUUGUCAAAUUAUAUUAUUAUAAUGAAACACUGGACGAAACCAAAAGUCCCUAUUUGUUAAAACUACCCAACUGUACAUCUACUAACUGUCCAAUUAAUCAGUUUUACUCAUUGACCGAUAAUGUUAUAUCCAGAGACUGGAACCAGGAGUGCAGUAUUAGUGGUGACUAUUCAAUCAAACUAAAUAUCUAUUGUUUAAUCAUAUGUUUUGUAUGGACUGACCAUCCAAUCGACACAUUAAAACUGUUGCAAAUAGUUCACCGACACGGCGACCGAAAUGCCGAAAUAUGGUUUCCGAACGACCCGUUUAUCAAUCAGUCAAUGUAUUGGUACGAAGGAGUGGGUGAGCUGACCAAUGAUGGCAAACAUCGUAUGUAUAAAAUGGGACAAUUUAUACGCCAAGAGUAUACCGGAUUUUUGGGUUCAGACAACAGUCCCCGAGAGGUGUACGCUAGGAGUUCGGCCAAAAAACGAUGUCUAGAGUCGGCAACAAUGCUAAUGGCCGGAGCAUAUCCACCAAUUGCUGAACAGUGGCAAUGGAAUAUAAGUACUGAUGCCCAGUUAGGUAGCAAUUGGCAACCGGUUCCCAUUUAUACUUAUCCGUUUGAAAUGAAAAACAACGAUUCAAUGCUACGUAUGGAUUCCUACUGUCCGACUGCUAGCCAGGCUAUUGACGACUAUUUCAAUGGCGAAACGGUCGAUAAAAUUGUCGAAAAGCACAGGGAGUUUUUAGACCGGUUGGGCAAACUAGUUGGUCGCGAGAUCAAGGGUUUAUACGAGGCAGCACAGUUAUGGGAUACUCUAUAUAUUGAAUACACAAAAGGUUAUUACUGGUCCAACCAUAGCGUUUGGCCGCCCAGUGAUGACCUGGCUAUUAUUGAACGAUUGGAGUCAAUGGUCCAACAAUAUUGGAAUACCGUUUAUACGGCUCCGGUAGUCAAAAAGACUAGAGCCGGGCCACUGGUCAAUGAGUUGGUCAACAAUAUACGAAAACAUGUCAACGGGUCAGUCGAUCGUGAGUUUAAUUAUAAACUAUAUUUAUACUCUACUCACGACACAAAGGUAUGUGUGCUUAUGCACGCACUGGACGUCUGGAACAAUCUGAUAGCACCGUAUGGAUCAUCCGUAUUAGUUGAGUUGCACCAGCAGUCAGGUGCUGCCCAUGGACAGGGCUAUUUUGUCAAAUUGUAUUACUACAAUGAAACACUGGACAACAGUAAAAGUCCGUAUUUGUUGAAACUACCCAAUUGUACAUCAGUCGACUGUCCUGUUGACCAGUUUUAUGCACUAACCGAUAGACUUAUACCCAGCGAUUGGAACCGGGAUCUUCAAGAAUCGAACCACUUCACGACUGAAAAAUUCAGACAUCAAUUCAACUCAAGUGAACUCAAGAAAACACGUGAACCUCAACAACAAUGGCUCCAAGCAAAAACAGCAGAAAAAAUCGCAGAAACCAACUCAACGACACAAUGA